AGGCAGCGCGUCCCCUGCGGAUCUGAUGCAACAGGGCUGCAACUAAAGUUACACCUUGGAACUGCAACCCCGUGUCCCUCCGCCGCCCGCGCUCACAGGAACUAGUCCGGCCUGACACCGACCUGCUCCUUCGCGCUUUGAAAAGUGUGUUUAGGUCGUUUUUUUUUUCUUUAAAUCGUUUUACUGGUUUCGCUUCAUUGUUUGGCGCGCUGCUAGGCAACGUCACGGCUCGCACGUGUCAAUUUGACACUCGUAACAGCGCACGUGGCUUCAACGCGUUCUUAAAUGCAUGUAUCCUAAUUCGUCUCCGCUUAUACUUGAUUUAAAAUACUACAAACUUGAGGACAACACGUGUUUCUAAACGCAAACCGCCCUCCGAUGAGAGAAGGGAAAGUCCCGGCUUCAUGACGUCACAGAAGAAGAAAAAGAAGAAGAAGAAGAAAAACCCCGGCGGAGUGAUCCCGCGUCCCCGUGAUCAGGUCCCGGGCUGUAGUUCCAAAAGUAGCGGAUUUAAAAACUUUCUGUCCGCAAGUGCGCCGCUGGAAAUAGCGCCAUCGCGAAGAGAAGCGCCGGAGAUGGCGUUUUAAAAACCCGCAACCGUGCGCCUCUUCCCGGGAGGACCCGCAGCUUUGCACCAGGAGACCGCGCAGAAACUAUGGGGUCUUCAGGUCCUCUCACGUUUCUUUCACCCAGCGAACGCUCCGUUUGUGCUUUUGAACAAUUUAACCGGAGCAGACGACACAAUGGCGGCAUCGAUCCUUCGCUGCAAAAUUCCUCCCAUUUCCCCGGCCGAGCUCGGCGCGGCCCCCCUCCGACGAGCUAGCCGCAGCCAAUCACGGCCGGGGACGGGGGCGGAGCCAGCGGGGAGGCAGCGCUUAAUUGGUGAUGGUCACUCAGAUUGGAUGACGGAAAAAGUUGAUUUGUCCUCAUUUGUAUCGACGAACGAGUCCUCGCCCUGCUCCUCGCUUCCCCCCUCGCCGCUAGAACAGGAUGUCAAGGUGCCCUCGGAUCUGGAGGUCAUGACCUCUCUGCUGCAGGAGGAGCUGGCUCAGCUGGAGGACUACUUCCGCUCCGAGUCCGCGUCGGCCACCAACAAGUUGGAGAAACCCUCUAAAUGUGACAAGGGCGGCGUAACCAUGGGAACCCAGUCCUACUACCAGCUGCCCUACGGCUCCUACGGGGCCGGCCAAUCGGACGCCGGCCCCGUGGUCGUCAGCUUGGCGGCCGGCGAGCUGGACCUGGCCGGCUUCUGCGGCGGCCCCAUCGGCAGGACCAAGAUAGCGCGGCCGGCGCCCUACAACUACCACCACCGCUACCACCACCACCAUCACCAUGGCAACGUCAACAACGUCAACAACGGCGGCGGGGGCGGACGCAGGAUGGCCAGCGAGGCGGCGAAGGUCGGCGAGGACGCCGGGCUGGACGCCUGGGGCCCGAGGGGCAGCUACUCAGGUACCGCGGAGCUGUCGGCCAACCACUACUCCACGCUGAAGCCCGUGAGCAAGGGCGGCCUCCUCGGGGGCGGGGCCAAGAAGGCGAGGGAGUGCGCCCUGUCGCUGAAGGAGGAGGAGAGCUACUGCUUCUCCGAGGGCAUGUUCUGCAGCGAGGAGAUCGCGAGGGGCUUCUGCCUCGGCGGCUCCUACGACCUCCACCACAAGCGGGACGGCGCCGCCAAGGUCGCCGCCGACAACGGCGACGACGGCGACGACGACUACGAGGGCGCCGGGCCGGAGGUGCUGCACUGCGGGAAGGACGCGGGACUUUCCGGGGGACUCCCCCAAGAGACAAUGGCCGGAGACGCCUACUUCCACCACCACCACCACCACCUCCACCAGGCCACGGAGCCUUACCACAGCUUUAUAGGAGACCUGGAGCCGCCCCCACAAGCACAGGCCGUCGAGCCCCAGCACGGCCACUACCUCUACCCAGAAUGCCUUGCGGACCAAAGCUACGAAUGUCUGUCCAGAGGGGAGGGCGAGGGGUCGCUCAUGGGCGUCCCCAUCCACCGGCCCACCCAGAGGCUAAAGGACGAGCCCUGCAAGGCGCCGCUGCUGAUGGACGCCGGCGCGGCGCCGGAGGCCGCCACCGGCGAGAGGAAGCAGAAGAAGAGGGACCAGAACAAGACGGCUGCUCACAGUCCCUUGUGUUGCAGGUACCGGCUGCGGAAGAGGGCGGAGCUUGACUCCCUGGAGGAGGAGCUUCACGGCCUGGAGGGGCAGAACCGGGAGCUGCGUGACAAGGCGGAGUCGGUGGAGCGGGAGAUCCAGUACGUGAAGGACCUGCUGAUCGAGGUGUACAAGGCGCGCAGCCAGCGGCUCAAACAGGACGCCAGUGCCUAAAAAAAAACUCCCAGCAAGCACUGGGAGGGACACAAGAUGGUAGUCUGCAUGAUUUUUGGUAGUUCUUUUUUUUUCUUUUCUAAAAACACUCAAAUGUUCCAAGAGGAUGAAGCCGGACAAAAACAAAAAAAAAAAGAGCACACUGUUUCCUAAAAACUAAACUGGGCAGAAUGCCUGUGAGUGGAGUUGAGAGACGCCUUAGUGAGGAGGAGCCGGCGACCACUGUGAAGACCGUUUACAGUGAUGAAGAUGCUUCUUCUGCUUCCUGUCAACGCUCAAUGCAGAUAUUUUGUCUUAUAUUUUUUACUUGAUGAUGUUCAUUUUUCUUUUUCUUUUUUCCUCGACUGAAUAAAAAGUGGAUUACUGGAGAAAGAGAAAAAAAAGUCAAGCAAAGUAUUCAGCUGAGACAUUUACAAAAUGUGUAUUGCUUUAAAAAAAUGUAUCUAUACACUUCUUUACCCCCCCCCCACCCCUCUCCUACACACACUAAAAAUACCCACAAUGCAUGUUUGAUUUGGGGGGAAAGCAUGUGCGAGUGUAAUCUGAAGGCAAUAUUCUGUUACCUGCAUGGCUUCAAGAUCUCACCUCCCACCUGCAGCUUCGUUUGCUUCUUCUUGCCAGUGAUUCCACGCUCAGGAAACACCCCCCCCUCAGAGAAACAACAACAAAUCAGUUGGGUGGGGGGGGCUUUUUUUCCCCUUCCUUUGUCUCCCCCCCCCCCCCCCCUCCGUCUCUCGGCUGUAUUUUGCGACGUAAACAAUCACCUGUUGACGCGACAAUAAAUCGUUGUUGAACAGAACUUCUUGAUGAAAAUGUUGUUUUCAUUUUCUUUUCUUAUUGAUCAAUUUGAUGUAUUUGAAAUUCAGGAAUCAAUGUCAGGAAAUGAUCCAUCAGGUGAAAUAAAAGCUGUCAGAAGA